AUGGGUAGGAGAAAGAUUAAGAUGGAGCAAGUGCAAGACACAAACACAAAGCAAGUUACGUUCUCAAAACGUAGAUUGGGUUUGUUCAAGAAAGCAAGCGAGCUCGCGACUCUUUGCAACGCCGAGGUUGGUAUUGUUGUCUUUUCUCCUGGAAACAAACCUUAUUCCUUCGGGAAACCGAGUUUUGAUUCGAUUGCAGAACGUUAUAACAACGAUUCCGAAGAUUCAGAUAGCUGUGAAACAUCAGGAGCCAGUAGAGGUAAUAGAGCUAGACAAGAGAAGAAGAUAUGCAAACGUCUCAACUCGAUCAUCGAAGAGGCUGAAGAAGAGAAGAAACGAAGCGAAAAGCUUCAGAAUUGGCUUGAAUCUGCUGGUGAAGAGAGGUUUAACAAACCCAUUGAAGAGCUUACUCUUGAGGAGCUCAAUGAAUUUGAAGCUAAGAUGAAGAAAAUGCAUGGUGGAAUUCAAGGUAACAUUAAUCAGAUGCAAGCUUCGUCUUCUCUCAUGUUUCUCUCUCAGAUUAAUAACUAG